CAUUUUCCCAAGUUUUGGCUAUACCUUGGUGUCCUUGAUUAGCCCUCGGUAAUGAUUUAAUUUGCGAUUUAAUAACCCCUAGCUAAUAGCGCAACUGACAUCGAAAGGUGAUAUAAAUGGUCGCGCUCCUUUUGAAAGUAUGCCAGUGAAAGAAAAACACCAAGAAUUCAAAAUGAAGCUCAGCGAAACCCUGAAAAUCGACUAUUUCCGAGUCCAGUUGAAUGCCUGGCGAAUUUGUGGUGCUUUGGAUCUCAGCGAGGGUAGGUACUGGAGUUGGUCGAUGCUCUUGUGCAUCUUGGUGUACCUGCCGACACCCAUGCUACUGAGAGGAGUAUACAGUUUCGAGGAUCCGGUGGAAAAUAAUUUCAGCUUGAGCCUUACGGUCACUUCGCUGUCCAAUCUCAUGAAGUUCUGUAUGUACGUGGCCCAACUAACGAAGAUGGUCGAGGCCCAGAGUCUUAUCAGUCAGCUGGAUGCCCGGGUUUCUGGCGAGAGCCAGUCUGAGCGUCAUAGAAAUAUGACCGAGCACCUGCUGCGGAUGUCCAAGCUGUUCCAGAUCACCUACGCUGUAGUCUUCAUCAUCGCUGCAGUUCCCUUCGUUUUCGAAACUGAGCUAAGCUUGCCCAUGCCCAUGUGGUUUCCCUUCGACUGGAAGAACUCGUUGGUGGUUUACAUCGGAGCUUUGGCUUUCCAGGAGAUUGGCUAUGUCUUUCAAAUUAUGCAGUGUUUUGCAGCUGACUCGUUUCCCCCACUCGUACUCUACCUGAUCUCCGAGCAAUGCCAAUUGCUGAUCCUGAGAAUCUCUGAAAUCGGAUAUGGUUCCAAAACUCUGGAGGAGAACGAACAGGAUCUGGUCAACUGCAUCCGGGAUCAAAACGCGCUGUACAGAUUACUGGAUGUGACCAAGAGCCUCAUUUCGUAUCCCAUGAUGGUGCAGUUUAUGGUUAUUGGCAUUAAUAUCGCCAUUACCUUAUUUGUCCUGAUAUUUUACGUGGAGACCUUGUACGAUCGAAUCUACUACCUUUGCUUUCUCUUGGGCAUCACCGUGCAGACAUACCCACUGUGCUACUAUGGAACCAUGGUGCAGGAGAGUUUUGCUGACCUCCACUAUGCGGUAUUCUGCAGCAACUGGGUGGAUCAGAGUGCCAGCUACCGUGGACACAUGCUCAUCCUGGCGGAGCGCACUAAGCGGAAGCAGCUUCUCCUCGCCGGCAACCUGGUGCCCAUCCACCUGAGCACCUACGUGGCCUGUUGGAAGGGUGCCUACUCCUUCUUCACCCUGAUGGCCGAUCGAGAUGGCCUCGGUUCUUAG